AUGAAAAAAAGUCUUGCUCUCAUUCGUCGUGCCGCUCUCUCCUCUCAAAAACAACAAGUAUCUGCCUUUAGAGGUGUCGGUGCCACACACAUUGAACCUUGUUUGACCCAACAAGUGAAAGUAAUGAAUAAUAUUUAUCAACAAUCACGCUUCUUUUCUCAACAUCAAAUUUUCUCCGAAGCAGAGCAGAAACAAGAAACUCCAUCAGCAACAACACCAGCCUAUUUAGCCUCUCCAAACAUCCUCGACAUGGUCAAGCCCGACAUGGUCAAGUCUGAUGAUAUGGAAGAACAAAACGUCUAUGUUUCCGUUCAAUGUUAUGAAGAUGAAUUGGAAAGAUAUGAAGAUACCACAGAUUUGAUUCCGAAUAGACAAUCUAUUACUAUUGAAUAUGAUUAUCCAUUAUCAAUUCCUGCUCGGAAGACUUUUGAACGUCCUGUGAAUGGUUUCACGCAGAGACAAUUGGUUGCCUUGAUUUGUAGGGGAUAUAAGGAAAUAUAUGAAGAGGAAGAUGGUUCUUCAUCCAUCACUGCUCAACCAAUGCGUGAUCAAGAUCCAAAUUGUUCUUUAAUUAAUAGAUGUUCUACCAAUGGAAAGUAUGGAAUUUGGGGUCAUGAAAUUGGAGAUUUAAUGUUGCACACACUUUGUUAUAACUCUGAACAUGAUAUCUUUACAAUUGAAGUUGAUUCAUAG